AGAACAGUGGGUGGAAACUGGAAACUGAAGUUCACUUCUCCAGUUCUCACUAUGUCACUCAUGGCAACAACAUCAACAGCAAACUUCUGGUUCUCUUCACCUCAUCGGAGCCAGAGAAAAACUCUUCCACAACAUGGUUACUUCCGGUUCAAACCCUUCUCAAAAAUCUAUCUCUUAUCAUCGAAUUAUACUGCUUCAGCUUCCCUUGGAGCUUCUUCCACAGUGCUCAUUAAACAAGAUAAAGUCAAUUGCAAUACAGAAAUUGUAAGAUUAUGUGAAGUGGGUGACCUUAAAAAUGCCAUGAAUUUGCUAUGUGAUACUCCAGUAUCUCACAUUGAGCUGAAGACAUUCUGUGUAGUCCUGCAACUUUGUGCAGAACAGAAAUCAUUAAAAGAUGGUAAGAAAGUUCAUUCCAUGAUUAACUUAUCUGGGUUUGUAAUAGAUGGCAUUUUGGGUACAAAACUAGUUUUCAUGUACUUACACUGUGGUGAUUUGAAACAAGGUAGGAUGGUUUUUGAUGAUAUGACAAAAGACAAAGUGUUCAUUUGGAAUUUAGUUAUGAAUGAGUAUGCAAAAAUUGGAAAUUUUAAAGAAACUCUAUUUCUGUAUAGAAAGAUGAAGGAGAUGGAAGUUGAACCAGAUUCUUAUACUUUUUCUUGUGUUUUCAAGUGUUUUGGUGCUUUGGGAAGUUUGGUACAAGGACAAGAAGCUCAUGGUUCUUUAUUGAAAUUGGGGUAUGGUUCUCAUAAUACUGUUGGGAAUUCUUUAAUUGCUUUUUAUUCCAAGUGUAAGAAAAUUCAGAACGCGCGUAAGGUGUUUGAUGAAUUGGUUGAUAGAGAUGUUAUAUCGUGGAAUUCAAUUCUCAAUGGGUAUGUGUCUAAUGAUCUUGCUAAGGAAGGACUUGAGAUUUUUAGUGAAAUGAUGGCUGAAGGAGUUAAUGUAGAUUUAGCUACCAUGGUUAGUGUUCUUCCUGCUUGUGCCGAAAUGGGUAAUCUUUUAAUUGGGACAUCUCUUCAUGGUUAUGCAGUAAAGUCCCAUCAUUUCUCCAAAGAGAUAACUCUUGAAAAUUGUUUACUAGACAUGUAUGCGAAAUGUGGAGAUUUGGAUUCUGCUGUGUGUGUUUUUGAGAAGAUGAGUAAGAAAAGUGUUGUGUCGUGGACGUCGAUGAUUACUGGAUUUGCCCGAAAAGAGAAAUUUGAUAUGGCAAUUGGAUUAUUUCGUGAAAUGGAAGUGGAAGGUAUUAAGCCUGAUCUGUUUACUAUUACAAGCAUCCUUCAUACUUGUGCACGUAAUGGAUCAGUGGAAAGUGGUAAGGAUAUUCAUGAUUAUAUAGUGAGAAAUGACCUGCAAACUAAUCUUUUUGUUGUUAAUGCUCUCGUGGAUAUGUAUGCAAAAUGUGGAAAUAUGACAGAGGCUCGACUAAUUUUUGAUCAGAUGGUAGAAAGGGAUUCAAUAUCAUGGAAUACCAUGAUUGGUGGUUAUUCGAAGAAUGGUCUUCCUAAUGAAGCGUUCGAUCUUUUCAUGAAAAUGCAAAGCCAGUUUGAUCCAAAUGCUGUGUCUUUCUCUUGUAUCCUUCCUGCCUGUUCAAGCUUAUCAGCUCUUGAAAGAGGCCGAGAAAUCCAUGCCUAUGUACUGAGAAAUGGGUUUAUCACAGAUCGUUAUGUAACCAAUGCCCUAGUUGACAUGUAUGCAAAGUGUGGAGCGCUAUCAGUUGCACGUUUUCUCUUUGAUAGGAUACCUAAAAAGGAUUUGGUCUCAUGGACAGUGGUGAUUGCGGCUUAUGGCAUGCAUGGUUAUGGAAGAGAAGCUAUUGCUAUAUUCAAUGAGAUGCGAGAAGCAGAAAUUAGUCCUGAUGCGAUCUCGUUCAUUGCUAUACUGUAUGCUUGUAGCCAUUCAGGAUUACUAGACGAAGGAUGGAGAUUCUUUAACAUUAUGAGAAUUGAGUGCAAAAUUGAGCCUAAGUUGGAGCAUUAUGCAUGUGUGGUGGAUCUUCUUUCUCGUGGUGGGCGUUUAACCAAGGCUUACAAGUUUAUUCAGGCAAUGCCUAUUCACGCAGAUUCCACUGUAUGGGGGGCAUUACUUUGUGGUUGUAGAAUUCAUCGAAAUGUGGAGCUUGCAGAGGUAGUGGCCGAGAAAGUCUUUGAGCUUGAACCAGAGAAUACUGGUUAUUAUGUACUUCUAGCUAAUAUAUAUGCUGAGGCAGAGAAGUGGGAGGAGGUAAAAAGAAUAAGAGAGAGAAUUGGUCGUAGUGGUUUGAGAAAGAGCCCUGGUUGUAGCUGGAUUGAGAUAAAGAAUAAAUUUCACCUUUUUGUUGCACGAGACAGAUCAAACCCACAAUAUAGAAAGAUUGAGUCGUUCUUGGAAAGUGUUGCAAUGAAAAUGAAAGAAGAAGGGUGUCUUCCGAAGAAGAGAUAUGCUUUGGUUAAUGCAGGUGAUACGGAGAAGGAAGAUGCUCUUUGUGGUCACAGUGAGAAGUUGGCCAUGGCUUUUGGAAUUUUGAAUCUGCCUCCAGGUAAAGCUGUACGGGUAACGAAAAAUCUAAGAGUGUGUGGUGACUGUCAUGAGAUGGCUAAGUUCAUGUCAAAGAUGGUUGGAAAGGAGAUUGUACUGAGAGAUUCUAAUCGAUUUCAUCAUUUCAAGAAUGGGAGGUGUUCUUGCAGAGGUUAUUGGUGAGCAAAGAUUGAGGUCUGAAGCCAAAUGAGUGAACUAUUCUGAUUCAGUGGUGGCACACUGACACUACGGAUAAUUUUGACAGGGGUCAGGGUCAGUUUUAAAGCAACUUACUGGCUGCACCAGAUAAAGACUCUUCAGGGGCCGGUAGUUCUACUAGGCUGGUCAUGAUCUCCACGCCAAUUGGAGCUUUCCAUUAAUUAGAUUAGUCUAAAACCUUCAAUCUAUCAAGAGCUAAAAUGCUCAAGUUAGGAUCAUUUUCCCUCUUUACCUCCAUAUUUCGACUACUUUGGGUUCCCUGGACGAGUGUUUGAUUCACAUUAAGCAUAGUUACAAAGAGCAGCAGGUACUGUCAGAUCCUAUUUUCUCUCUAAGCCUCGAUUUUGCAACGAAACUUCAAGUUGGCGCAAGCAGACUGACACAUCAUAUCUCUCUCAUAAUUUUGAUCUGAAAGUGCCUGUUGUGGAAAAAACUUAAAGACUAGUAAUAUUCAAAGAAUACGAUCCUUCAAAAAGACGAGCAUCAACGUUACCCUUUGUACACGAGUAUAUCAGCAUAAAGUGUAAUGCAGCUGUAAAGGAAGGAUAACUGGUGCGUAUUAUUUAGUACAGAAAAGAUACCACCAGUUAAAAAAAAAAUCAAAUAAUUCAGUGCCUUAGGGUCAGUAUGAGUUGCUGAGACAAGUUAAUAGAAGACAAAAUCCAUCCAGGGUCAGUGAAGCCAAAAACAUUACACUUGGUGGAAUGCUAGAGCUAGACAACAACGUCUAUAUGUUCCUGGAUCCAACCUCAAAAAUCAGACUUUGAAAGUUAGAGUAAACUCCUUGAGGAGCAAGUCAAUCUUCAGUAUAAAUUAGUCCAUGCCCGAGAACCUUGAAGAAGAUCAGUGUUUUUUGAUCUUGCUACUGGUACACUCUAAUUGUCUAGAAUACUAGUUGAUUCUAUGGAGGGGAAAAAUUGUGUUGAUCUGUUGUGUAGAUUUUUUCCAAUGUUAAGAUGUGUGAUGGGUUUUCUUACUCUAAUUUCUCAAGAGAAUUAUCUUCAACUUUCAUUUGAUGAUCAAGAAGUAGACUACAAAAAUGAGGGCGCCGGUGCGGAUUGUUCACACCAAAAUUGCUUGGUUUCGGCACAGAACCACUUUCGACAAAUUCAACACGUCCGGGGACCUUAGAUAGUUUUUGAUUCAAGUAAUUGCUUGCUUAAUAAGGUUAUGUCGAAGAUUUUUAAAUUAUGUCGAAGUUACUAGUACUUUAGUCUAAUAUUAGUGGAGUAGAAGUAUUGAUAUGUGAGUGAGAUGAUGAAAAUUUUGAUUUAGUACAAUAUACCAUGUAAUCAAGGUUUAGAAAUCUAAUUAAUAAAUUCAUGGUUAGCUUGUUUCUGAUUA